CAGGCAACCAGAAUGCCAGAUUGUAAUCUUGGUUGCAUACACAAUUAACUUGACAUGUGCUAAAGUGAGGUUAAAAGAAACAUAACCUAUAUACUUCUUGUGAGUUUGUGAUUGAAAAUGUGUUGUUUUUGAAUAUAUUUUACGUGUUUUGUGACAAGAAUUUUAUAAAAAUGAUUCCGCAAGAAGAAGAAAGCUUCCCUAGAGGUCGUAGGAAAGUAACAAAACCUUUUAAGAGGCCUGCAAAAGCAGAUGAUAACUUGUUUGGUUCUAAAAGUGCCCCGAAAAGUAAAAAAUCGAAAACAAGCAAUGAGAAACAAUCUAGAGGGUUAUUAACUGAAGAUGCUUUUCAGUCUGCUGUUAAAGUAUCAGGUUCUUUAACGUACCAAAAAGUACAAGAUGGCAUGGUAAUAUUAGGAUGUGUACGUAAUGUAACAAAUUUCUCUCUGGAAGUAGAAUUACCAGGACUUAUAUUUGCCCACAUUGGCAUUACAAAUAUAUCCGAUCAAUUCACACAAUACCUAAACAAAAAGUUGAAUGAAAAUGAUGAAAACGAUGAUCCUGAUUUUAUUCUAAAAAAUCUGUUUCACAUUGGACAAAUUUUGCCAAUUAAAGUGGUUAGCAUUAAUGAGACAGAGAAAGGUUUUAGAAUUGAAGGAAGUGUAAAUCCAACUGAUGUUAAUAGUGGGAAGAAUCAUGGUUCCUUCAAGAAGAAUAUGUUGGUAUGGGCCUGUGUAAAAUCAGUUUUAGAUCAUGGUUAUGAACUUUCAAUGGGGGUUAAGAAUUGUAGAGUUUUUUUGCCUAGAGAAAAUGUUGAUAAAGAAAAAACGUACACAAUUGGUGAGCCCUUAUUUUGUGUUAUUCACAAAAGUUCUGAUGAUACUAUUGCAAAUACAUUAAGGGUUAGUGCAAAGCAAGAACACAUCAAAUCAACAAAAAUAGAAGAGUUAAGUAGUCUACAUGAUAUCAUGCCUGGAAUGCAUGUGGACUUUUUAUCAGAAAAGAUUAUCUCAAGCGGCAUUCAAGGAAAAUUUCUGGAUGAUUAUUUCGGAUAUGUCAACGAAAAUUUCCUUAAAAAACCUUUGCAAAAACUUCAAGACUACAACGAGGGCAAAUUAUUGAAAGCUUUUGUUCUUUAUGUGGAACCGGCCACAAAAAUUACCCAUUUAACUUUAAGAACUUCAGAUGCAUAUUCCACUGCUGUAUAUAAAUCUGGAGACAUUGUUCAAGCUGAAGUAUUCUCUAAAUCAAAUCAAGGAGUGUACUUUGAGCUCCCAGAAAACCAAAAAGGUUUCUCAACAAAUAAAAGAGUAAUAAAUACUCUCCCAAAAAGUAAUUCAUCAGAUUUAAACACUGCAAUUUCCUUUAAAUACCCUGUGGGCAGUGUUCAUAAAUGUCGAAUUUUCGAUUUUAACUAUCUAUCACAAAUGUAUGUUGUAACAGUAGAAGAAGCUUUGGUUAAGCAGAAACUGUUCAAUAUUAACGAUAUUGAGUUGGGAAAAUUGUUGAAUGUCAAAAUUGAAAAUGUUAAAUCUGAAGGGCUGGUGGUGAGUGCUGGCAGUUUUAGAGGGUUUGUGCCUAACAAUCAAAUAACUAACGCACAGUUUAGCGACAACAUCAAGAAAAAGUUCGUAGUGGGCAAGAAAGUUAAUGCCAGGGUAGUUAAUAUAACUGAAGAUAAGAAUGUCAUAUUUACCCUAAAACCUGCUUUAGUAGAGUCAGAUGCCUGUUUGAAAUCUCUCAAAGAUUUUACCCCAAAUCAAAAAUAUCCUGGUGUAAUCAUCAGGACAAAUCCAUACUGUGCUACAGUAGGUUUUUACGGCAAUGUUAAGGGAACUAUAAAUAAGAGUAACUUGGAUUCUGAGGACUCAGUGAACCCCCAACAAUAUUUCUAUAAAGGACAAGUUGUAAACGUUUUAGUGUUGUCAGUAAAAAAUAACAUGGCAAUUUUGUCUUUAAAAGAACCAACAGAUAAAGUAGCAGUUAAUAUUAAAGUUGGUGACUUUAUAACUGGUGUAGUAACUAAAAUACAUGAUGAUCAUUUGGAUAUCAAAACAUCAACACGAAAAAUACUUGGUACCUUACAUGUGAACCAUUUGGGCACCCAUAUAAACCUUUGCAAACCUUUACUAAAAACCUACAAAGUUGGUGACAAAAUCAAAAACCUAAUAUGCAUCAACAACGACCCAAACCUAAUGGCAUUUUCAAGACGCGAAGGCCUGAGAUUUAAAAAUAAAGCAAGCUUAAAAAAGUUUGACCAAUUGAAAAAAGGCAACAUCGUCAGAUGUUUCUAUGAAUCCGAGGAUAAAACUGGUAUUUACGUCACUGUCUUUACAAAGGACUACCACGAUAAAGUCCAUAUAAGUAAAGGAAAUCUACAGGGACAAAAAUUCGAGUAUCAGCAAGCAAUUUUGGCGAGAAUUUUAACUAUUGACAAUAACAAUAAAACUUUGAAGCUUACCACCAAAUUGGACAGAUCUGUGGAGUAUUCUAUAAGUUUAUUUGGACUAUAUCUAUCAGACCUGCAAAAGUUAAGGGAGUUUGGGAAAAAUAACAAUUGGCUGCAUUGCAAAUACAAUCCUGGGGAAAGAGUAAAAUGUACUGUUAAAAAUGUUACUAAACUUGGCUGUGUGUGUACUUUACCAAAUGGUGGUCAAGGUUUAGUACCAAAACUACUCAUACCUGCGAAUUGUAAAAACGGACAAAAAGUCGAUGGCGUGGUUUUAUCACAAGAUUUUGCGGAUGAGUAUGUCGAGUUAUGUCUCAACGAUAAUUUUUCAAAUAAAAUUAAUGAAGAUCAAGACCUUGAAAUAAACAUGUCUCAAACUGCCUCUUGUGUAGUGGAAAAACUUUUAGAGAAAAAAGAUUAUCUUCUGACAGUGUUAAAACAUUCAGAAGGUAAUAAACAGUUGGUGUACAUUCCUUUAUCAUUGUAUGAAAAUGACAACUCAAACCCUUCUUCAUAUUACAAUCAGAAUAAGUUAAAAAUAUCAAUUUGUGGCAAAAUUGGUAAUAAUUUAAUUGGAAUCAGCAAAAAAUUGUUCUUAACGUUAGAAAAAGAAAAUAGUAAAGCUGAAUUGGAAAAACUUAAAAGAUUAUCCAACGUAGAUGCCGGAAAAACCAUCAAAAAUGAAGAUGAGGAUGAAGAAGAAAUGGAAGUUGACGAAGAUAGCGACGAGGUAGAAGAAGAAGAAGAAAAUAGCGACGAGGUAAAGGAGGAAAAAGAUGAUGAAGCAUCUGAGGAAGAUUCAGAUGUAGAAAUGGCAAUCGAUGAAUCAGAUUUAGAAGAAUCUGAUUUAGAUGAAAUUAAAGCAGAAAGUUCAGAGGAUGAAGAUGCAACGCCAAAAUCUUCUACGGACAACUCAAAGUCCAUUUUUCCAGGCAUUUCUUCAUUCUUCAAUCCGCUUAAGCCUUCUGAAGCACCGGAAGAGUCGUCUUCAGAUGAAGAGGAGGAAGGCGUGGUUGUAAAAAAGAAGAAAAAAUUGUCGCGGGCAGAAAGAGCAGAACAAAUGAAGUUAGAGGAAGAGAGAUUAUCGAAAAUUGAGAAAAGAUUUGCUGAUAAUGUGGCUGAACCGGAAAGCGCCGAUGAUUUUGACAGAUUAUUACUAGCAAAUCCAAACUCUUCAGAGUUGUGGACCAAAUAUAUGGCUUUCCACAUAUCAUCUACAGAGAUUGAUAAAGCCAGAUCGGUGGCAAAAAGAGCUUUAGAAGGCAUAAAUAUGACCUGCGUCCAGGAAAGACUGAAUAUAUGGAUUGCAUUGCUUCACUUGGAAAAUUUAUAUGGAAACAAGGAAACUUUUGAUAAAGUUUUUGACGAUGCCAUAAAGUUCAACGAUUCCCUUCAAGUUUACCUUAAAGUUAUUGAAAUGUUGGCAGAUAAUGGGAAAUUAAGUGAGAUGGAGGAAAAAAUAAGAAAGGUCAAAAACAAACACAAGCAAGAUACAACCAUGUGGACUGAAAUAGGAAAAGUUUAUUAUAAAAUAAAGAAGUUUAAAGAUGCCAGAAACAUGAAGGAUGCUGCGUUAAAAUCUAUUGCAGAUAAAAAAACACAAAUGAGCCUUAUUAUCCGUUUUGCCAUCAUGGAGUUCAAAUAUGGAGAAGAAGAACAGGGAGCAGCAAUUUUCGAGUCUAUUAUCAACAUUGAUCCCAGAAAAGUUAAUAUCUGGUCGACAUAUGUGGAUCAAUUAGUUAAACUUAACAGACUUGAACAAGCCAGAAAAGUUUUGGAAAGAUCUGUGUGCCAGAGAUUACCCGUCAGAAGCAUGAAAUCACUUUUCCUUAAAUUCAGAAAAUUUGAAGAAGAAUAUGGUACAACUGAAACUCUAGAAGCAGUUAAACAAAAGGCACAAGAAUAUAUUUGUAAAGCUGAAAAGUGAUGUUACAUUUAAAUUUAUUUUGUUGAUAUUCUAAUUCAGAAUAAAUCAGUUUAUUUU